AUGCUCACCAAGUCGUUCGCCAGACACAUUUCCCAAUUCGCCGGAGUCCGCGACGCCGCCAAAUAUGUGCCAAGACGUGCUCUUCUGUACGUGCCGGCAAGCAAUCAAAAGAUGCUCGACAAAAUCCCAUCGAUACAAGCGGAUUCUGUAGUUUUGGAGCUCGAAGAUGGAGUGGCUCUCACCGCGAAGGCUGAUGCCAGGAAAAAGGUUGGAUCCAGUUUUUGAAACAAAAAAUUAAACAAUUGGGACAGUUUUCAGGCGGCUCAGGCUCUCGACAAGCUUCAGUUUCACACGCUAGCGUGUCAGGAACUCGGUCUGCGCGUGAAUUCGGUCAGCAGCGGCCUUCUGGAGGAUGAUAUCAUUGUGAGUGGACGGAAAUGCUCAGAAGAAGACAUCGCACCUCCUUCUUUUGCAGGCAAUCUCAAAAGCUGAAAAGCUGCCGCAAGCAUUCAUGAUUCCGAAAGUGGAUUCUCCAGAAGACCUCGUCCAAAUCUACAACAUCUUCCGUCAGCACUACGGCGACGAACGCAUUACCAACACAAACACCCGCCUUGUCAUCUGGAUCGAAUCGGCCCGUGCCCUUCUUGACAUGCCUCGCAUCAUCUCUUCCACUCUGAAUCUUUUCAAAAACUCUGGAUUUUUCAAACUGGACGCCGUGGUUUUCGGAUCCGACGACUUUUGCGCGGACAUUGGAGCCACUCGAAGCUCCCACGGGACGGAAAAUCUUUUUGCUCGUCAGAAGUUUGUCACGGUCUGCAAAGCAUUCCAACUGCAAGCCAUCGACAGUGUCUACAUAGACAUCAAGGACCUGGAGGGACUGAGACGGCAGUCAGUGGAAGGAAGACAGUGGGGAUUCACUGGCAAACAGGUCAUACAUCCGAGUCAAGUGCCGGUCGUUCAGGAGCAAUUCCUGCCGCCCAAGGAGCGAAUCGAAUGGGCGCAGGAGCUGGUGCACGCCUACAGUGAGCACGAAGCGCUCGGAAAGGGAGCAUUCCAGUUCAGAGGACAAAUGAUUGAUCGGCCACUGCUCUUGCAGGCGUUGAAUAUCAUACAACUUGUCGAGAGGGUUCAGAACUAA